AUGAGCAACUUUCCUGAUUCUUGGAAACAAGCCUACGUUGUUCCUAUCCCAAAAAGCCCCAAUCCUAUUUUGCCAUCUCAGUUCCGGCCUAUAUCUAUACUUCCUUUUCUUUCCAAAGUCCUUGAGCACAUUGUCCACCGUCAGCUGUCGUCUUUUCUCCUCUCCCACAAUCUUCUUAGCUCCUUCCAAUCUGGUUUUCGCAAGGGCCACAGCACGGUUACAGCUCUUCUUAAAGUGACCGAUGACAUUCGCUGGGCCAUGGAAAACAAACAACUAACUUUAUUAGUGUUGUUAGAUUUCAGCAGCGCUUUUAACUCUGUUGACUUCGAUGUUCUGCUCGAAAUACUCAAAUCAAACAAUAUCUCCUCGUCUGCUAUUAACUGGUUUGAUAGUUACCUUCGGGGGCGCUCGCAAUGUGUCCGUCUUGACGAGACUUUCUCGGAUUGGCAGAACGUCAGUGCGGGCGUUCCCCAAGGUGGUGUUCUUUCUCCUCUUCUGUUUUCUGUGUUUAUAAACUCUGUCACUAGGCUUAUAUCUUCUAAAUUCCACCUCUACGCAGACGAUCUCCAGCUAUAUCGCCACUUCUCGGAGCCUGAAGUUGAAUCGGCUAUUGCUGCGAUGAACAGUGAUCUGAAGUCUAUCAGUGAAUGGAAUUUAACAAACAUCGAAACAUUACAGAAAGAUGCAACGAAAUAUGCAAGUUUUGCACCACCGAGGCGUCACGUUUCGUUAAAGGAAACGCCGGACAAUGCACUAUCCAGUACCAGUCACAGUCGAGGGUUGCUACACCAAGAGCACUCAGGUUAUGCAUUAAACGAAUACGAAGAAACGCCUUACGUUCAUGGCAUCGAGUACAAUGUUCCAGAUGAACAUUCGGUACCUUAUGAUCAUAAGUAUUAUGAUCGUGAGCCUCACCAUUACGCGCCACACUAUUUGGAACACGGAUACCGUUACAAGCCUUAUAAUCACGCAUUAGCGGCGAAAACACUUCUCUGGCCAAUAGCCGGUAUUGCCCUGCUGGGAGCAGCGGCUGCACUUGUUACCAAUCCUGUUCUAUUGCAACUAGGCGUUGUCUCCGGCAGGAAACGGCGUGACAUUGACGACAUACAGGGCCCGGAUUACAAUAAAAAACUACGGGACAUCCCAACGAAACUUGACAAGGCGUUUGAACCUAAUAUAGCAGUUCAACAUGUAGCAGACUUUCAUCACAGAAUGACUAAUUGGAAGGAAUUUAUGGCAGUGAAACACGCCGACAGAACCGUUAAGAAAAAUAACGAUUUCAUAAAACUAAACAUUGACAAAAGCGAUGAAGAUCAAAACUUUGUUCCGAUACCUUUAAUCAGAAAGCAAUAAAGACAUCUACUUUCAUAGAUUCAGAUUGGAGAGACGUACACUAUUUUUUUUGUGAAGAACAAGAUAUAAUAAUAAUAAAAUUGUGUACCAU